GUCUGUGAAGAGCACAUUCUUUUUUGUUUUUUAACUAUAUUUAUGUCUUUAGAUUUUGCCUUUUAUUACCCUGUUACAUAGUUGAUAUUGUAGGAAAUUAAUAAGAUUUCCUGAUUAAUGAAUCCAAGGCUUUCCAACUGACAGAAGAGUGCACAGUAGAGCACAGACUUUGACACUGCUCAGCUACAGAGAUGAAUAAUCAAACAAUAUUAUACUCAGAACUGAAUCUGACCAAGAGCUCAAAAAGGCAGCAAAAGAAACCUAAGGAUGCUAAUAGCUCCAUGCCAAUUGCUGAGCAGGAAAUUACUUAUGUGGAAUUAAAUCUUCAAAAUACUUGUCAAGAUCUUCCAAAGAAUAAGAAGAAUGUCCAUUUCAAAGAGAAGCUCACUGCUGGAAUCUUGGGAAUCAUCUGCAUUGUCUUAAUGGCUGGCGUAAUCGCCCUGAUAACCAAUACUCCAUCUGUUGGAACACCAGAGAAAAACAAUACUCAGAAAGCACAUAAUUAUGACAGUUGCAGGCAGGAUUGGAUUUGCCAUUCCAACAAUUACUAUUACAUUAGUACUGAAAAGAAAAACUGGGCUGAGAGCAAGAUCGCCUGUGCUUCUAAAAAAUCUAUUCUACUUAUUACAGAAAAUGAUGAAGAAAUGAACUUUAUAAAUUCCCUAUCAUCUCUUUCAUGGAUUGGUCUCAAUCGAAACAGUACUAGACAUGAUUGGUUUUGGAUAAAUGGUUCAGUUUUCCGAACUAACAAAAGGGUUUUUAAAAAGACUAAUCAUAACUGUGGUAUGCUAUACUCAAAUGCCCUUCAGACAGAUGACUGUGAAAAUUCAAAAGCAUACGUUUGUAAGCAUAAGCUUUGAUGUUAAAGCACUUGAUGUUGGAGUUGUUAAAGUAUCCAGGCAAUGGAAAUAUGAUGAUUGCAAAACUCUUAGAAAUAAUUGCAUUAUUUGUUGGACUGGAAACUACAUUUGGAUCACUCCUGGACUUUAGUUUCCUCCACUGGCUGAUAUUCACCAAUAUAUUUUUCUGUAAUAAAGUAUAAUUGUGAGUAUAAUGACUUGUAGUAUGUUAA